UCAUGAUGUAUCUGAUGUAGACUCCCCUAUGAGUACCGUAUCUGGAGAGUAAACUAUUGCGCAGACAUUUGUUGUAGGGUGUUGCGGAACGAGACCAUAUUUUGAUUCUUGAGCGCUAUCGAGCUAGCUGUAUAGCAUUUAACUACAUACACAUCAACACAGCUACGUUAUAUGUUUGUCUUGAUAAGUACAGAUAUAUAGGUAGCUACAGUAAUGCCUGCGAAAUGUAGCAAUUUUGUUCAUAAUAAGAUUAAGAAUCACAAAAACGUCGUUGGAAAGCAAACUCGCAUGAUAUCCUGUUGGCAAGUUUUCAUGUCUCUCAUGUUAUGAUAGCUGAAAAAGAAGUCUCAAGAGAUGGCUGCUGUAAAACUUGUGUGCUAGCCUGUUAAGCUAGCUAGCCAACGUGUAUGAACAACGAUUAAUAAUUUAUUAUAGGUAGAUUUACACCUACUACCUACUACAGUGUAUGACAGUGAUUGUCGGUGAGAGCAGCGGCUGUACAUAGAUAUACACCACAAGUUUAAGCAGGUUAUCUGUCCUGUAAAAAAGAGGUCAUGAGAAUGACUAGUAGAAUUGAGUGCAUAUUUUUCAGUGAGUUUCAUCCUACUCUGGGUCCAAAGAUUACCUAUCAGGUUCCAGAGGAUUACAUCUCACGUGAGCUCUUUGACACAGUGCAAGUGUACAUCAUUACCAAACCAGAACUUCAGAACAAACUCAUCACUGUAACGGCAAUGGAGAAGAAGUUGAUUGGUUGUCCGGUGUGCAUCGAGCAUAAAAAGUAUAGCCGCAACGCUCUUCUCUUCAACCUAGGGCUAGUGUGCGAUGCACAAACCAAGACGUGUGCCCUUGAACCAAUUGUCAAGAAGCUGUCUGCUUAUCUUACAACUCUGGAGCUUGAAAGUGGAUUUAUAUCCAACGAGGAGAGCAAACAAAAACUUCUACCAAUAAUGUCAACCUUGUUGGAAGAACUCAAUGCCACAGGAGCCUGCACUUUACCAAUUGACGAGUCGAACACCAUCCACCUGAAGCUGAUCGAGCAACGCAGGGAUCCUCUGAUUGUGCAGGAGUAUGACGUGCCGGUCUUCACCCAGUGCAAAGAUCACUUCAUCAAGUCCCAGUGGGAUCUCACCACUCAACAGAUUCUGGCCUAUAUUGAUGGCUUCAAGCAUAUCCAGAAAAUCUCAGCCGAGGCAGAUGUCGAACUUAAUCUUGUCCGCAUCGCUGUGCAGAACCUGUUGUAUUAUGGUGUUGUGACUCUGGUGUCCAUCUUCCAGUACUCCAAUGUGUACUGCACAACUCCUAAGGUCCAAAGCCUCAUCGAUGACAAGACCAUUCAGGAAGAGUGUCUGUCCUAUGUGACAAAGCAAGGUCAGAAGAGGGCCUGUUUGAGGGAUGUGUUCCAGCUCUACUGUGGCCUCACCCCGGGGACCACAGUCCGUGAUCUGUGUUCCCGUUACUCCCAGCAGCUGCAGAGAGUAGAUGAGAGGAAGCUGAUUCAGUUUGGGCUGAUGAAGGCCCUCAUCCGCCGGCUACAGAAGUACCCAGUGAAGGUGAUCCGUGACGAGAGGAGCCGUCCACCUCGCCUGUACACUGGUUGCCACAGUUAUGAUGAAAUCUGCUGCAAAACAGGGAUGAGCUAUAGAGAGCUGGACGAGCGUCUGGAGAAUGACCCUAACAUCAUUGUUUGCUGGAAGUGAUACACAAAGUGGAACAAGCUUCUUUGUUGUCGUUACAUGUGAUAUAUGUAAAUAUACGAUUGAAAAACAUGUGUUUAAAACAUACACAUCCCAACAGUGAUGACAAAUGUUUGUUUGUCAAAUGUGUAUACAAAUGUCAAAAUAAAAGUGAAUUGUGCCAUUCAUCUUAUUUCCAAAGGCUUUCUACAUUAAGCAAAGGGGCGUUAUUAUGCCCCCUUCUGGUUAGAAAACCAGCAUGUGUUUACCGUUACUAUGACAACUAUAAGACUUCUGCUUCACUGUGUCCCCACUUAUUAGCAAAGCGAUUCUGCAACUAUAAUUUUGUAGCCAACUAUUUUUUAGACAUGGAAACGUCUGUUCUUUUGUAUGGGGAGGCAGAGGGAUAUGUUCAAAGUCUGGACAUUUGUACUAUCAAGGAGAUUGGCUCUUCUAGGUGGUUUAAACAGCAUGACUAUUUAGAGAAGCUCAACAUGCAGGCAAUUCUGAACGCAUCGGCCGCACAAGAAGAGUUCAUCAAGGAGCUACUUGUGUCACAUGGGAAG